AGCUCCCCGCCCAUCAGAGUAUUGGCAGCGGCGCGCGGCGCACAGCGUGGUUUUGGAGAUGUCUUGGCAGCAUUACGCACGACGACGCGAUAAUUGCGAAAGCCUCCUUUAGGACAGGACACUUUCAAGCCAAACCGGACUGCCUUUCAACUUUUGAUUUGGAAACCACUCUAGCAGUGUCCCCAAGACGUUUUUAUCAUCUUUUACUGACGGCGGAUGAAAUUCGUAUCUUUCUCAUCGCAGCAGCUGCAGCAGUGGGUCUGGAUAACUUCCUCUCCGAGUCACGGUAAUGAUAGAGAAAAUGGAAAAGAUGUAGGCUAAACAGCGUUGUGUAAAACAAACUCUACAGAGCAACAGUUUUUUCUAGAGAUCCCGAAAAAAGGGAAGAUGAUCCCACCGGCCAAUAUGAUUCAGGACGAAAGUGGGGGCAAAGAGGACGAACGGGACCAGGAUGAGACACCUAAAUCCCCGACGGCCAACGCCAGCCAGCAGGAAACAAAGAAUACUGUGAGGCCUGAACAUCAGAAGCGCAAGCUGCAGAGACUCAAGCGCUCCUUGUCCUUCAAGACCAAGAGCAUCCGCAGCAAGAGCGCAGACAACUUCUUCCGAACCAGCAGUGACAACAAGAUGGAGCUGCUCUCGGACGUGAGCAGCAGCACAGGCCAUCUUUGCAACAUUGGGAUGGCCCCACCGCACACCACCAGCCUCCCCAUCCCUCCGGUCCCUCCUGCCAUCCCUUCGGCUCCUCCUCCCACAUCACGCUCCCAAACACGCAACCCGCUGCAAGUAGACUCUGCAGGACACUGCUUCAUGGAGCACAUCUUCAAGAAGCCCACGUUCUGUGACGUGUGCAACCACAUGAUCGUAGGUACAACAGCCAAGCAUGUGGUGUUCCUAGCUGGAAACACAGCAAAGCAUGGCCUCCGCUGCAAAGCCUGCAAGAUGAGCCUCCACCACAAAUGUGAGAAUGGAGUGGGACAACAGCGCUGCAUGGGCAAACUGCCAAAAGGCUUUCGGCGGUACUACAGCUCUCCAUUACUGAUCCAGGAACAGUAUGGCUGCAUCAAAGAAGUCAUGCCCAUCGCCUGUGGCAAUAAGGUGGACCCUGUGUAUGAGGCCUUGAGAUUUGGGACAUCACUGGCACAAAAGGCCAAGAGGGCCAGUGGCUCUGAGUCUCCACACAGAAACUCGACCAGUGACUUGGAUAAGGUUCCAGAGGAAGUAGUGGCUCACAGCAGUAGGCAGGAGCUGUCGAGAAAACACAGCGAUGAUGUUUUCACAGUCAUUGAGAACGGGACAGAACCUUACCUCCAGCCAGAAAGAAACCCUGAUGAUUUUCCGUUGGAGCAUCUCCAGCUACAGAAAGAUGUCCUUAAGCUCAGAACCUAUGUGGCCUUGUUCAACUUCACUCCCCAAGACAGCCAUGACCUGGAGAUGAGAGCGGGAGACAGAAUCUUAUUGGCUGACGACUCUAAUGAUGACUGGUGGAAGGGGGUAAUUGAGGACAGGAUCGGUUUCUUCCCAGCAGCCUAUGCUCAUCAGGUGCGGGUUGAAGACCAAGUGUUCAGGUGUACUAGGACGUUCAUUGGCUGUAAGGAACAAGGCCAGAUCACACUGAAGGAGGGACAGAUCUGUGUGAGCAGUGAGGGCGAACGCAGUGGCUUCAUCAGAGUGGGGAGUGGAAAGAAGAGAGGCUUUGUGCCCUGUGACAUUCUAGAAAUCAUCUGAGACACUCAGAGAAAUUAAGGUGGGGGGGGGUUAGUGGAACUGUUGCCUGGACAUUAGAAGAGGAGGAAAGUGAACCUGCAAAAUAACUACAAGAGACCAGUGAAGGAGAUUUUAUGUUGUGGACAAAAGAGUGAUGCUGGCUUUGUCAAUGACGAGGACUGUUGUACUCUGUUGCAGGUCAGAGUCUCUGUACCUUACUUUAAAUCCUCUCAGCACAGAGAAAGAUGCUGAAAUGGCAGACUGCUUGUUGUUUGCAGUGAGACAGGAAAUCACUGUUUCCCGGGACUUGACUUAAUUUAUAGAGCCAAUGUGUGUGUUUCUUUUCUCCUUAGUUUUAUUCUGUUGCAAGCUGUUCAUUUUUGGAAAGUGAAACAGCUUUCUGGCUGUUUCAGCCAAAAAAAGUAAACAAACACUUACUACAAUGAUUAGUUUUCAAGGUUUUGGCACACACGAUGGCAUUCCCCUUACAACUUGUUUAGUUUCUCAUGCUAAGCAUGCUUCGUGCUUUUAAUGGAAAGUAGUCUGCAAUAGACUCCGAAGUGUCUGAUUAUUUUGGAUGUCAAAAUCCUUGGUCUCAGAAAAGUGUUGUGAAACACCGAAGAAACAAAUAAAAGAACAUUUACUUUCUUUGAAGCCUCAAAUCUCCCUUAAAAAAUAUUGAACUCCUACCUGCCAUAUAUCUUUCUGAUACAGUCACAGUCCUAUGAAAUAACUUCAAAAGGUUCCCGUUUCUGGUUUGCGUUUUAGGUGACAAACUGCACAUCAGAUGCAACAAAGAUGUGCGUGGGAGUAUUUUCAGAGGAGUUUGAAACAAUCAAAGACUUCAGAAAUUCUCAGUGGUCUUCCAAAAAUACCGCCCUCAUAUUCCCUGGGUUUAUAAUGUCUGACUUAUUGUAAUCAACAAUUUUACUUAAUGGUGACGGUAAUGCAUUGAUAUCAACAUUAGAAUCAGAAGCUAAAAUUAAAAUAACAUAUGUGGACAGUCUCCACGUUGCAGUAUCUAUUAGAUUUAUUGUUUAAAGCUUGUCUUUUAUUUAAUUUUCCCUCUUUUUAGUCAUUUUUGUCAAAAGAUUCACAGCUUCAUUGCUACAAAAGUGAAUAAGAAAGUACAGCUAGGAUAAAAUCGGGACAUUCAUGAUUUAAUGAUGGUGUAACCUGCUGCAUGGGGAUGACCUGUGAACAAAUGAUGGUGCCUGUAAGACAAUGAAACAUUUCUAAGUUGCGUGUUGGCUUUAAACGUGAUCACUCUCGUGUGAUUCUCCUCUUUUUCACCACAAACGGUUCAGAACAACACUUCUUUCCUCCUCCAGUUAAGUUUGUUUUAAAGAGGUGUUGCAUCAUAGUAGAUAUAGUAUUUAUCUCUUAUAUGGUUGUUCUGCACUGAAACUUGGCUUUAUUGAAUGUCCAAGAAGUCGACAUUGUACAUAAUGUACAUACAAGAUUAAAAUGUCUUCUUUAUCACAAUAAUGA